AGUGUUCUUACUAUGGAGGAACUGGAUGAAAUAAAAAGUUUUAAUCUUAAAGAUCUGCCAUCUAUCAAUGCCAAGACUCACGACUAUUUAAACCUAUAUAAAGAGGCGAAGAUUGCAGGAGAAGUACGCAAGAUCCUUACUUCAAAACAGAGUUGGGACGAUGAAUUUGAUCGAAAAGAAUCUCAUGAUCUUGACUGGAUUCGUCACAGUUAUUACACACUGACGAGAGAAUUAGAAUGCGGUAGUUUGGAUGGUACUGACAAGUCAGAGACUUGGUUGCUUGCUCAUGUUUGGGCAACUAUUGAUCGUGUCUUUGAUGACGUAGAGUUGGAUGUGGUUCGUGGAGAGUCUGCAAGCUUGGCAUCAAGCUUGAGAAAGAACAAAGAUCGGAUUCCUCAGGGAGUGGAGAAACUGGAACGAAAAAAAAUGGGUAGACGCUUAGAUAUGAUCUUGCGAAAGAAGAAUUUGGAACUAGGUGCAGGAGAAGCUGGAAAGGCAACAGGUGACAAUGAUGCAAAGUUGCUUCGUGAAAGGGACUUGAAGCUCCCGAAGGCAUUAAAGGAUAUGUUUCUAUGCUUGAAAAACGAAGGAGGGGAUGGUAAAACUCAAGAUAUCGAGAUGGUUGGUUUAUUGCAAUAUGGUAUGGAGCUUAGUUCUAUUCUGUGA